AUGAUACUAUUAAAAAAGGUGGCAGCAGCAUGCUUGCUUCUGCAGCAGCUACCUGGGGUUGUUUCAUUAAAUGUCAACUUCAACGACCCUAACUCGGUCAAAUCUGCCGCCAGCACAGUUGCCUUUGGUAUGAUGAAGUACUACACUGGAAACAACACUGGGGACACACCGGGGAACUUGCCAGAUCCCUACUAUUGGUGGGAGGCUGGUGCCAUGUUUGGCACAAUGGUCGAUUAUUGGUUGCUCACCGGAGACGCUUCGUACAACACAGUAACGACACAGGCGCUACUGCACCAGGUAGGAGAUAAAAGGGACUACAUGCCUGUGAACCAGACGAGGACACUGGGAAAUGAUGACCAGGGGUUCUGGGCGAUGGCUGCAAUGUCGGCGGCCGAGAGCAGAUAUCCCGACCCCCCAGCGGGGCAACCACAGUGGCUCGCCCUCGCGCAGGCCGUUUUCAACGAAUACACCACACGUUGGGAUAUGAAGACCUGCGGCGGGGGUCUUCGCUGGCAGAUAUUUCAGUUCAACAACGGAUUCAACUACAAAAACUCCAUCUCCAAUGGGGCCUUUUUCAACCUGGCGGCCCGCCUCGCCCGCUUCACGGGCAACCAGACGUAUGCAGAAUGGGCGAACAAGGUCUGGGAAUGGCAACGGAGCACAAAUCUCAUGACGGACAAGUUCGAAAUCUACGACGGCGCCGUCGCUGACGGUGGCCAAGACUGCAAAAAUCCCGACCUGGUGCAGUGGACUUACAACGCAGGCAUCUUCCUCCACGGCGCGGCGUUCCUGUACAACAUGACCGAGUCGCCGAUAUGGAAAGAGAGGGUGACCGGACUGCUGAACCGAACCAUGAUCAGCUUCAUCAACAACUCGGUCCUGGUCGAGCCCGGGUGCGAGUUUGUGGGGACGUGCAACAACGACCAGCGUAGCUUCAAGGGGUACCUGACAAGGUGGCUGGGCGGCACCUCGCAGCUGGCGCCCUUCACCUUCAACACAAUCCAGCCGAUACUGAUGGCCAACGCCGAGGCGGCCGCGGUGUCGUGCUCGGGCAGCCCGCCGUCGGGCUUCUCGGGCAAGCCCGGCACGGCCUGUGGGUUCCGGUAUAAGGCGGGCAAGGACUUUGACGGUAUGGUGGGCGUGGGCGAGCAAAUGAACGCCCUAAACGCGCUCAUGUACACGCUCAUCAAGAACAACACCAGGGAGGCGGUGCCUGUCACGUCGGACACGGGUGGAACCUCACAGGGAGACCCCGACGCCGGCAUCGUCAAGGCCCCCGAGAUUGGAGUCUUCCAGCCCAUCACAACUGCCGGUCGGGUGGCUGCUGGUUUCUUGACAACAGGCACCAUCCUCAGUCUGAUCGGUGCGUGCGUCUUUGUGGUAACAUGA